AUGUUCAUCCGGAUCUUGCUUCUGACCGGCGCGCUGAUCGCCGCGUUGGUCGCCUUCUACCUACCUAGCUCUCCGGAAGAGCGUCCACCGUAUAUCCAGGGACGAAAUAGGACGGCACUCUUUAUCUCUAACAUCGAGCAUGGCCUUAGCAAUGUCCACAUAGCUACCGCAUCCUCCCUCCUAGAAAACUACCCAGACAUUGAGGUACAUUACGCAUCCUUCUCAGGUCUGGGCAACAAGUUGGCCCGAGUUUCCAAGUUUGCACAGGCCAAGACGCCCGCCGCUAGAGAAAUCACCUACCAUGAAAUCGACGGAAAGGCAUAUUUCAGCAUCCUGCCACUCAGUAUUACACCGCCUGGGUCUGCAGGUAUUGCAAAGUUUUCGAGCGAUGUGCAGACUUGGAUCUCGCCAUGGAGCGUAGAGGAGCACAUGAGCAUCUACAACCGCAUUGGUGCUCUAAUCGAUGAGAUUGAUCCUGCUGUGGUUAUUUUGGAUACAUUAGUACGGCCGGCGGUUGACAGCGUGAGGGACAGAAACUGGAUGCAUGCUCUCAUCACACCACAAACGACUGCAGAGAACUUUAUUGGCGAUCAGCCGUAUGGGAGCAUGUUUUGGAAGUAUCCUGCCUUAACAUCCGGCUUCGGCUUCCCAGUGCCGUACAAAAACAUGUUAGAAAACAUCUAUCUCAACUUUCGCUUCGUCUAUGCUGCAAUGAUGACACCGCAGCUGAAUGCUAAAAAGGCUGUCCUGAGGGACAGGGGUGUUAAGGACCCUAUCAACUUCUUCAACUUACACCGGCCAGACAUCCCUUGGAUUACCAUGACCACCGAUGGCGUAUCCAUUCCCCUUGACGUGGUGCCGGCCAACGUCACCUGCGCUGGGCCCAUAUUGCUGUCAGUGGCACCAGCUCAGGAGCAGGACCCUGAAUUGACUCAAUGGGUCCAGCGCUCACCUACCGUAUUGAUUGCUCUCGGUAGUGGCUUCAAGUAUCCAGUAGACUAUGCGCAAGCUAUGACUGGAGCGGUCGCCGAUGUGCUCUCCAAGACUGAUUUACAGGUUCUGUGGAAGUUUGACAAGGACGGCGACUACUCUGAUGAUGUGCUGGCGCCGCUGCAACCAUUCAUUAAGACGGGGCGGCUCCGCAUGUUGAAAUGGCUCACAAUGGAUAUCAUGUCGCUCCUCGAGUCUGGUGGUAUCACUGCCUUUGUGCAUCACGGCGGUUCUAAUUGCUUCAACGAGGGGCUUGCUGCUGGCGUGCCUCAUGUCGUCCUACCUCUGUGGGCCGACUUAUACAACUUUGCCGCUAUCGCGGAGAGUGUCCGUAUCGGCAUCUGGGCGUGCAAAGAUACAAGCCCAAAUUGGACUGCAGAGGGCAUUAGUGGUGCCAUUCUCAAAGUCGCUGAUGGUGGUGAGGCAACAGACAUGUCUUUACGACAAAAGUCGAAAAGUCUAGGUGAUAAAUUAAGAGCGGGCGAGCAGGGACGCGAUAUUGCUGCCAGGGAGAUUGCCAAGCUUGCAUACAUAAAGAAAGGUUAA